CCGCGCGCAUCGAUCGCGCGUCAUGGCGGUCGGAAAGAACAAGCGCAUGUCCAAGGGCAAGAAGGGCGGGAAGAAGAAAGCUGUUGACCCGUUCACGAAGAAGGAUUGGUAUGAUAUUAAGGCGCCGAGCAUGUUCUCCGUGAGAAACAUCGGCAAGACGCUCGUGAGCCGCACGCAAGGGACCAAGAUUGCCUCCGAUGGCUUGAAGGGACGGAUCUUUGAAAUCUCCCUCGCGGACUUGAACAACGACGAGGACCAGAGCUUCCGCAAGAUGAAGCUCAAGUGCGAAGACGUGCAAGGCAAGAACGUGUUGACGAAUUUCGCGGGCAUGGAUUUCACCACGGAUAAGAUUCGCUCGUUGGUUCGUAAGUGGUUCUCUUUGAUUGAGUGCUUCGUUGACGUGAAGACGACGGAUGGGUACACGCUUCGCGUGUUUUGCAUCGGUUUCACCAAGCGACGCAUGGAUCAAGCCAAGCGCACGUGCUACGCGCAGAGCGCGCAGAUUCGUAAGAUUCGCGCCAAGAUGGUUGAAAUCAUCACGCGCGAGUGCACGACGUGCGACUUGAAGGAACUCGUCUUGAAGUUCAUCCCGGAGGUCAUCGGCAAGGAGAUUGAAAAGUCUUGCGCCGGUAUUUACCCGCUUCAAAACGUGUACAUUCGCAAGGUCAAAAUCUUGAAGGCGCCGAAGUUUGACUUGACCAAGCUCAUGGAGGUGCACGGUGAUUACAGCGGUGAAGCCGUCGGUGAGGCCGUGGCGCGACCGGUCGAGGAGAAGGCUGAGGAAACUGCGGAGGCUGCGGAAUAAGUCGAUGACUUGAUCCAAAGAUGUUUCGUCGACGCCGGCGGCGUUUUUUGAAAGACGUCGGCGACGCCGGCGAGCGCGACGACGCGCGAGUUGUCUCGCGCGUCAUCGUUUACGGGGGUGUUUGAACGAAUGAGGAGACAUUUUUACUAGACUGAAAUUCUCGCCGAUCUCAUUUCGAGGG